AUGUCCAGCUCUGACGUUGCCAGCCUCGCGGGAACAUGGGUAGGUGCUGGAGUUGCCUUAAUGGCCCUUAUCACGAUCAUAGGACCGAUCUUGGUCUGGCGGGCAAGCCUCACGAAGCGCCAUAAGGCUCUGGCUGCGAUAGGACGCAACAACAAUAGAUAUCUAUCUGACGGCAUCCCGUUCUGGCCUGGCAUUAGGUUUUUUCGAGUCUUACGUAUGCCUCAGACGGCUGUUCUGAGAAACUUCACCGACGAGGAAUGGGGCGACUUCGACCUUGGGAAGCUAAAGACUCCCCCGGAAUCUCCAGCGACUUGGGUCCAAUUCGGCGCCUGUCUCGAAGCCUACGGUCUGAGGAUGAAAUACACGAAGGACAGCGCUAUGCACGACGGGCAUUUUGCCCUACCUGUACACCGGUCUUACCUGUUCAAUUUCCUCGUUCUAGGGCGCUACCGAGAGAAAGAGUUGAAAAAACGUCCCCACACACUGGGCGAGCGCAGAAUGUCACUUCGCCUUUCAUUAUCACGUUCCAAUACCCAGAGCUUACGUCCUAGCUGGUCUCUCCAUGGUAUGACUGGAACUUUACUUUUUGAGACGAAGUCGACCCACAAUCCUACGCUAUCUGGGAAGGUGCAAUUCACCCAAAGCCUAGAAAACUGCGAGACCAAGAUCCCAAGAGACAAACUGUCAAGGUUAUCGAUUCUUUUGCUUGUAUACGGCUGUCUGCAUCUUGCAUCGGGGAGAUAUAUUUGCUGCAUCAUCGGACAGUACGAUCAUCCCCAAGUGUCACCUGAUAGUGAUAGCGAGAGUGAUUCAGGGCCGCGCUUCCGAGUGGCAAGUAUACAACGACGUCUAACCAUGUCCACAUACGGUAGCGAAACACAACGCAAAGCUGACAAGGUCCUUGAGAAAUUAAAAAUUGCCGUAUAUAUUCUUCAACCGGUACCGCUGGAAGAGGGAGACUUCCCACUGGGAGUUGAAUCCUGUUCAAUGGAAGUUUAUGUCCUUCACCCAGUGGAAUCAACUCCAGUUCUUCAGGAAAAGCUGCUUGAGCUGGCAGGGAUGACAUUCGUUCCCCCAGUGGAGCCAUACGUCCGUGUCUACACCGAUGACAAGGGGCGGUCCUCACGAUCCCGACUCAACAGCUCCGAACUGACUGAGUGGAAUCUCGCUUUCUUGAAACGGGAAUCGGCUCAGCUGUUCGCUUUUGCUCUUCUGACAAUGCCGUGGAGUCCUCGAAACUACGUACUCAGCAAAGGCGACAACAAAAGUCUUGUGGGCGUUUUGCUAAGCGAAGCAGGGGCGAGCUGCGUCAGACUCCUUCUUCGACUGAAGAACAACGCAGGGUCCUUGAGCAUGGAGCUCGCGAAGAAAACAAAGCUUCUCGCCGCAAUUGACAAAGCUUUGAGUAGCAAGUUUGACGUUCCAGAUCUGUGCGACUUGGACGAGCGCCUGGCCUCGUUGCAACACGAUGUCGUCGAGUUACCUCUGAUGGUAGGGGUGCUGGUGUUGACUAACGAAGAGUACCGCGAGCUAAUAUAUCAAUCAACGCGACACCUCGACAAAACAGCAAAGUCUCCGGACGUGGAAACCGAGUUCGACCUUGAUACUGGCAAUGUGACUGUCUCGGGUCCUUUUGGUGUGAAACAUGUCUUUGUUGUUGACCUUGCCGAGUUGACGCAGCACUUGCCAGAUCACGUCCCAAGCCAACGUCGGAUCUUCCGAAUUGAUCAUGCUACCAUCUUGUUGGCUGCGGUGAAGGCACACCUCCGGAGUCUGCUAUUCUCGGAGUGUAUUGAUGGUUCCGACAUCCAGAGAGUCAUGAACUAUGAAGAGGAUGUCUAUUUAAUGUCUUGA